AUGAGGGGCGAUUGGGUUGGUUUAGCCUUUUGCUUCCUUGGGCAGCUAUAUGCAGAUCAGAGCCUGAGCCCUCAGCUUGCUGGACCUCAGCUUGCAGCCCCGCAGCUUGCCACGAGCAAUCCCACCCUUACUACAGUUGCUCUAGAGAAACCUUUCUGUACAUUUGACAGCUCCCUAAGUCCAAAUAAAUCUUACAGCAUCUACUUGUAUGCAAUGAUGGAGUCAGCCAGCGCAGGAAGCUCCCUGGUGACUGCCCAAGGGGGAAGGCCGCUCAACAGCACGGUCCAGCAGACGAGCGGGGGCCRCCUGGGACCCUACAGGGCUGCCGUGUUCGGGGUGCCCAACUGCGCGGCGCCCCCAAACCCUGCAGACGCCGGCGAUGUCAACAAGGUGGCCGAUGUCCUGAAGCGGCGCCUCGUCAGAGUCGGGGGUGAUGGGACCUGCCUGCAUGACCCCAACUUCCGAGAGGUCUGUAACCCGCCUCUCGCGCCAGAUACAACGUACAGAUUUAAAUAUACAUUAGUAGAUAACACUGACGGUAUCGUGAAAGACCAGACUCUCUGGUCUGAUCCUAUCAGAACCAGACGAGUUAAACUUCCCAUGAAAAUUGACACCUGGCCUGGUCGAAGGAGUGGAGGCAUGAUUGUCAUUACAUCAAUCCUGAGUGUUUUUCUGUUCCUUCUGCUUUCUGGCUUCCUCGCUUCUGUGUUCUCUACUGUCAAGGGAUUAGAAGAUUCUUCUGUGGAGACCAGGCAUGUGUCCCAGACUGUGCAACAAGGGGAACCGAGGCUGCAGGAGAGCUGUGAGUGAACAAGCCUGGUUCAAGGCAAGGAUGGAAACACAGCAGAAUCACUGCACGUGCUACACCUCAAGGAUCUUCUCUACUCAACACUGGUUCAAAACAAACUACAAUAAGGGCAACUGGAGAUGAAAGGCACAGAAAACAUAGGAAACGCUUUUUUUUCUGAAGUUUUCUGAAAUACGUGAUAUUCUGUCUUAACCUAAUGAAUCUUCAUUUGUUAAUUGCCUUGCAUAUGAARUGCCUGGACUAAACAAGG